GUGAGUGUCCGUAUCGCGUGUGCGUGCCUAUCCAUGUUGGCAAAUUGAGGAUGCAACAUAGAGAUCGUGUUGUUCCUCACGGCCGUAUUCAUGAAUAUGUGCAUUUAUUACGUCUGUAUGAGUUCCGUAUUCGAAAACCACUGUACUCUCGUGAUAGAAUGUGGUUCGAGUUCAUGUUAAUACUUUGACACGAUGACACGGUUACGCCACCGAAACGUGAUUCUUCUGUGAACGGGGGACUUCUCGGCGAGAAGUUUACAUACAUUUAUUUAUUGGUGUGGUUCAGCGAGACUUGUCGAUCAACGGACCACCCGAGAGAUUCCUAUCGAUGCUAACUCUUGAUUCUCUAGAAAUUCACCGUAACUGGGAGUGCCGCUAGAUCGUAGUUGAACAUGCUCCGAAAGAGCUGGAGUGAAUUUCACGUUACACGCGAGGAAAGAUUGCUUUUUCACGUUUCGAAAGUAACAUGGUACCCCGAACGAUUUCAUUGAAAGUCUUCUGAUGCAAGUCUUCUGCAAACGAUAUGUGAACAUUAAAUUAAGGAGAAAACGGACAAUGCAUCGGUGAAACUGGCAUGUACCGCGGUGUUAAGUGGCCUCUGUGAUGUAUUGCGAAUGGUGCUUAACCUAACUUUUCAUCGACGCUUCUACACGGCGUUUUCUUCCGACAAUGGUCAUGGGCAAUCUUGUCAUUUUAUUAUCAAGAAGUGGAGACUGAAAUUAUUGGAGUUAAGAGAGAAGAUUUAAAAUUCACUCGGCCAAGUAUGUCCAACACCAUAAGUAACAUGAAGAUGACCAACCGUAUCAAGGGAAUGGUGAGCAAACGUCGUAGACGUUUCACAGAAGAUGGUUUUGACCUUGAUCUCACAUACAUAAGAGAUAACUUAAUAGCAAUGGGUUUCCCAGCUGAGAAGUUAGAAGGAGUGUAUAGGAAUCACAUAGAUGAUGUUGUUAAACUGUUGGAAUCUAGACAUAAAGAUCAUUAUAAGAUUUACAAUCUAUGUUCAGAGAGAUCUUAUGAUUUUAAGAAAUUUAAACAAAGGGUAGCUACAUACGCGUUUGAUGAUCACAAUCCACCAAUGUUGGAUCAAAUCAGACCAUUUUGCGAGGAUGUGGAUGAGUGGCUUUCUCGGCAUCAAGAAAAUGUAGCUGUAGUUCAUUGUAAGGCUGGUAAAGGUCGGACUGGUGUAAUGGUGUGUUGUUACCUUCUUCAUACUAAACAGUUUCCCACUGCCACAGAAGUUCUUAAUUACUAUGGAACUAAAAGAACACACGAUAGGAAGGGGGUAACAAUACCUUCACAAAGGAGGUACGUGGAUUAUUAUGCUACUCUUAUACAAGAAGGAUUAAAUUAUGAACCGGUUACGCUGUUCUUACGGAAAAUACAAUUGGAUCCAGCGCCUAUCUUUCAUGGAGGUCAAGGAUGUAAGAAUUUGCAUUGUGUAAUAACGGAAUCUAAAAAGAAGAUAUUUAGCUCUGAAAUAGUAGAAGUACGAAAAGGGAUGCACACAAUCAGCAUUCCUUUAAAACACAGCAUAGCGUUGACGGGAGAUGUACGAGUGGAUUUUUUUAAUAGACCAAAAAUGAAACGAAAGGAAAAAUUGUUUCAUUUUUGGUUUAAUACAUUUUUCGUACGAGACUAUUUAUCGCCGGAAUACGAUAAUGGAGAGUUACCAGUUGAGCGUUCAACUAGGGCAUUGAGUUGCGAUGGUACAACUAUGGAAUUACCAAUGGUUAUGUCGCACAUGAAACCCAGAGCUGGAUCGCUAGCUAGUCUCGGACAUAUGCCACCUACUCUUGUUUUAAGUAUAGAUAAAUGGGGUCUGGAUGACGCACACAAGGAUAAACAUCACAAAGUGUAUAGUGCUGAUUUUAAAGUUAGCUUAUUUAUGCAUCGAAUGGGCGGUAAUAUAUCGCAAGCUGUACCAGCAACUACGAAUAGAACAGGAGAGGGUAUACAAAUAGGAAUGGGAGGACAAGAUACUCCGAGCGAAUCGAGCGAAGCGGAUAGCAGUGAAUGCGACACAACUGGAGAUACGACGGGAGAUGAAGACGGGGAAUCUGGUGAGUCUUCUGCAUCUCUGGUGGUGAAUCACCAUCCUCUUACACACAGCAGUAGCCGUACACACGUUAGUAUCCACCAAAGAGCUAGUCUCAGAGAAACUGCAAAGAGUUUACUCUCACAUGGGGAUAAAAGUAGAAGUAGUCAUCGGCAAAGCGCUGAUAAUGUGAAACGCUCUUCAGCUCUCAUACGUUCAGCCACGUUAGAUACAUAAAGGAAACAAAAAAUUUGUGUAUGUAUGUAUGUAUAUAAACGUACAUAUGUAUAUAUACAUAUAUUUAUCGUAUCUUGUACUUAAACGCUGAAUUCUCUGAACUGGCAUUCAAGCUUUACAAUAACUUUAUAUGAAACCAAAUUGUGCUAUUAGUUUCCCUUUGUCAUGCUAGCAUGAAAGAUUAGCAUUCGAUAAGUUCUUAAAUGUAUCGAUUUUUUUUUUUCCUAAUGUCCUCUUCUAUUGUUAAUAGAAUAAUAAUGUAGAAAAAUUUAGCGCGUAUUAGAAAAAUUUGGGCUGUUUUGAUCUGUUUUGAAACAUAAGACAAGAAACAUCAAAGCAUACUUCGGAAGGGAAUUUUUACGAAAUUAACAGAACAUCAAAAUAUUUCGAUGCUAUUCCUUCGGUAAAACGACAUUUACAGAAUGAAUUUUUAAUAUUUUAUGUUCGAGAUUAUCGAUUCUACCUCUAUUUAACAUUGAUAAUAUAUCUGAUAGUCGAUAUUGAAAAGAGUGCAUUGAAUGUUCUGAAACAAGAACAAACAAAUUAAGAUAUUCUAUAUUUUUGCAUAGCAAAUAUUGUGUGCAAAAUAUGAAGAUAUUUCAGUAUUUAGGAGAAGUUACGAUCUUUUUUUCUGAGUAAAAAUUAUCGGAUAUUUAUUAUUAUAAA